AUGACGUACAUAAUUAGUCGGGAAAGGAAAGCCAUUGGAAGGAGACGUGAGGUUCCGUUGCAUUGGGCGGCUCGAAGUGGUCAUGCGAACGUAGUCGCAGUGUUGGCUAAUGAGCGGGUGAACAUCAACGCUUUGAAUAAGAACGGCGAAUCCUCUUUGUUGAUCGCUUCUCGUCACGGUCAUCACGAUGUGGUCCAUGUCCUUCUGGAACGAGGCGCCUGUUCCAGUAUCCAGGACCAGUUUGGUGACACGCCGUUACAUUGUGCUGCUUCACUUGGUCAUUGUCGUCUGCUUCGCUUACUCUGCUCGUCCAAUCCUCCACCACCGCUACUGCUCAGAAAUCAGGUAUCUAACCAGCCUGAGCUUAGCACUGCCACUGUCAAUUCAUACGUCACCAUCUAA